AUGGACUCCAGCAGCUCGACGUCCAUUGAGAAGCGGGAUGACCUCAGGGCCACCGUCGCUACCUCUGAGGUCGACGUCGCUGCCCGACUGACUGCCGGGAAAGAUAUCACGGUGGAUCCCAAGGAGGCUGCGAGGAUCAGACGGAAAAUCGACUGGUGUUUAAUGCCUCUCAUGUGCAUCAUGUACAUGAUGCAAUUCGCUGAUAAGACCACCCUCGGUCAGUCCGCAGUUCUCGGCCUGCUCUCGGGCGACCGGCUCACUACGAACCAGUUCAACUGGUUGCAGACGAUCUUCUACCUUUUCUUCCUCGUCUUUGAGUUCCCCCAAAACUAUGCGCUACAGCGUCUCCCCGUUGGGAAAUGGGUUAGCAUCAACAUCACCAUUUGGGCUAUUGCGCUGCUUUGUUCCGCCGCAGCGAAGAACUUUGGCGGGCUCUUUGCAUGCAGGGCAUUCCUUGGUAUCUGCGAGGGGGCAGUCACUCCGGGAUUUAUGAUCGUGACGUCCAUGUUCUACACGCGCCGGGAACAGACACAGAGAGUUGGAUAUUGGUUCUUGAUGAAUGGUGCGGCAAUUGUCUUGCUUGGGCUGGUGGCGUAUGGCACUCUGCAUAUCAAGUCCAGUGUUCUAUUGCCCUGGCAAUGGUUGAUGCUUAUCUUUGGUAUCAUCACCUUCGUAGUUGGUAUCCUCUUUUGGUUUUUGUUCCCUGACUCUCCAACGACGGCAUGGUUCCUGACCCCGGAAGAGCGUAUUAUCGCCGUCGAGCGCAUCAAGGUUAACCAGGCCGGUGUCGAGAACAAGCACUUCAAGAUGGAGCAGGCGAUCGAGUGCUUCAAGGACCCGAAGACUUGGCUGUUCUUCUUCUUUGCCGCCAUCUCGAACGUCACGAACUCGCUCAGCACCCAGCGCCAGAUCAUAGUGGCCGGCUUCGGCUUCACGGACAUCCAGACGACUCUCCUAGGCUGCGUCGACGGUGUCGUCGAGAUCAUCGUGAUCUAUUGCACGGUCACCUCCGCGACGUACUGGAAGGACGGGCGAGCGUACUCGGGUGCGCUCGCGUACUGCGUCGCGAUCCUAGGCGCGAUCCUCGUCAACGCGCUCCCGUCCCACCUCAGGGUCGGCCUGCUGUUCUCGUACUGGAUCUCGAUCACGUCCAUCGCGCCCUUCGUCGUCAUGCUUGCAUGGGUGGGCUCUACGUGCGCAGGGCACACAAAACGUGUGACGACCAACGCCGUCGUAAUGGUCGGCUAUGCCGUCGGGAACUCCGCCGGCCCGCAGUAUUGGAAACAGCAGUACCAGCCGCGUGACCACGUGCCGUGGACGAUCAUGACGGUGUGCUGGUUCGUCUCGGGGCUGCUCCUGCUGGUGACGCGGUGGCACCUCGCCCGCGAGAACGCGCGGCGCGAGGCCGAGAGCCACGACUCGACGUACGAUGACAUGUAUGUCGUCACAGAGGUCGACGGCGGGCAGAAGGAGACGAAGGUCGAUAAGGCCUUCCUCGAUCUUACGGAUAUCCAGAACCGCGACUUCAGAUACCCCCUGUAG